AUGUCUGGUAGUAGAACUUCAGAAGAAGCUACGAUUUCAGGAGGACUCGUGCGACAAAAGCGAUUGUUGUCUUUUUUAUCUUCCAAACUGAUCCCACCAGUGCCAUACGAAGAUGAGAGAAAACCAUUACCCAAACCACAUAGAAUAAAAAACUUCUCAUUUGCUUGGAUGAUACCAAUGCUACGAGUUGGCUACAUCCGUACUCUUCAGGCUGCUGAUUUAUUUUACCUUGAACCCGAUUUGUUGGUUGAAAAUUAUCAUCAGACUUUUAUGGACCACUUUAACAGACUUGAUGAGGCUGCUAAACAGAAAUACAUGCAACAAAAAGGCGCGGUGCCAGAAGCCUACGUCACCCCUGUUAUUGUGGGUGUACGAACAUUCUUUGCCAUGUUCAAAUGGCGGUACAGGGUCUGUUUUGUGUUAAUGAUGGGUAGCCAGAUGGCCACCACUCUUUCUGCAUUACCUAUUAAAAAGUUAAUUGAAUUCGUGUCUUUGAAGGCAGAAUUCCCCGACACAAAAAUUAAUGCCGGGAUAGGAUAUGCCAUCGGUGUCACGUUACUCGUGUUCUUGUCGGCUGCAUUAUUCAAUCUGUACUUCUACUUGACGAUGUUUACUGGAUCUCAAACCACCGCAAUCUUGACAAAAGCCCUUUUGAACAAAGCUUUCAAUGCAAACUCCAGGAGUCGUCACAAUUACUCACCCGCCAAAAUCACAUCCAUGGUGGGAAGCGAUUGUGCCAAGAUUGAAAGAGCCAUAUCGGAGUUGCCUCGUCUUGUGACAUUUCCUGCUGUUUUAGCUGCCACGAUUGCCAUUUUAGCCGUGAAUCUUGGGGUGGCUGUGUUGGUGGCCAUAGGGAUGAUCUUGGUGCUAGGAGGGGUCAUGGCACUGUUUGUAAAGCUCAUGAUGAAGUACAGACUUUUGUCCCUUAAAAGCACAGACAAAAGAGUCACUUUAAUCAAAGAAAUCAUAAACAGUUUGAGAGUCCUCAAGUACUAUUCUUGGGAAAACCCCUACUUAAAAGCGGUGGGUGCUGCAAGGAAAGAAGAGACUCAUUACUUAAUUAUGCUUCAGACCUUGAAGAAUUUAUCUCUAUGUUUGGCACUCUCAGUGGUUCCUCUAGCUUCUUUGGGUUGCUUUAUCACGGUGUUUUCAAUUGCAAAAGGUAAAACCACUCCCGCUAAUAUUUUUUCAUCUGUCAACGUGAUUGGGUCUCUUGCUGAUAUUUUCAUCUCUGUACCCCAAUCAGCUGGUGCUGUUGUGGAUGGGAUAGUUUCCAUCAGAAGAAUACUCGGGUUUUUGAGUUCAGGGGAUUAUGUUCAAGAUGAACAUGUAAAAUUCAAUCCAGAUGGGUUACCUCUGGAUACUGAUGCUGACCAAACUGUUAUAAAAAUUGAAAGUGGUGAAUUCGUCUGGGAAAAAUUCCCUGAAGUUAAAGAAGAACAAAAAACCGACCUGAAGAAGUCCAGAAAGGAGAAGAAACAAAAAAAGCUUGAAAUGAAACAACAAGAGCUCGAGAAAGCCGUAAAAGCUCCAGAGAUCGGCUAUGCAUUGCAAAAUGUCGAGUUAAAUAUCAACAAAGGUGACUUCAUUAUGAUAGUUGGUGUCGUAGGAGCAGGAAAGUCGUCUCUCCUUCAGGCUAUGGCUGGCUUGAUGAAACGAACCAACGGUAAUAUGGAGGUUAAUGGUCAGUUAUUAUUGUGUGGAACUCCUUGGGUGCAAAAUGCUACAAUCAGAGACAACAUCGUUUUCGGACAAGAGUUUGAUGAAAAGAGGUACGAACAAGCAAUCUAUGCCUGUUCAUUGAAUGCUGACUUGGAUAUACUACCAGCCCAUGACCUUACUGAAGUUGGUGAAAAAGGGGUCACUUUGUCAGGUGGCCAAAAAGCCAGAUUAAACUUGGCUCGUGCUGUGUACGCCAACAAAGAUAUCUUUCUUCUUGAUGAUGUCUUGUCGGCUGUGGAUUCUAAAGUCGGUGGAAGUAUCAUGGAGGACUGCUUCUUGGGAAUGUUGAAAACUAAAACCAAGGUAUUGGCUACUCAUCAGUUGUCUUUCUUGGGCUAUGCCGAUAAAAUCGUAAUGGUACACAAGGAUGGUUCUAUUGACUUUGGUACGAUGGAUGAAUUGAAUGCAACAAGUAGCGAAUUUAGAGAAAUGUUGACCCAUAGGGACAGAGACGACACAUCGGUAAAGGAAGCAGACGAGGAAGAAGCAGAAGAGAAAGAAGCAGAAGAAGAAGUUUUAGAGGAAGAAAAACUUGGGUUGGAAGUCAAAGCGAUUGAGAUUCAAGAUGAAUGGAGAACCGAUGGAAAGUUGGUUGAAGAUGAAAUCAGUAAACAGAAUUCAGUUAAAUUAGGAGUAUAUUUAAACUUGUUGGAUUUGGGAUCUGGAAGGAUCCCUUCUUGGGUUGCGUGUACCUUUCAUCUUAUGUUUCUUGCUUUGGCAAUUUUCUCCGACUUUUUCAUUAAUGUGUGGUUAUCAUUCUGGACCGAAAACAAGUUUAAAAACCGAUCUGAAGGCUUUUACAUUGGUGUUUAUGCCUUAUUGUCUUUUAUGUCUGUUAUAUUGUUGGCUUUCGUGUUUACUAUAAUCGUUCGGAUGAUUAUUGUAGCAUCUAGAAGAAUUAAUGUUGAAGCCAUCAGAUCUAUCUUGCAUGUACCCAUGUCGUUUCUUGAUGCUACUCCUACAGGAAGAAUUUUGAAUCGGUUCACAAGAGAUACUGAUGCUAUUGAUAAUGACUUAGUCGAUAAUGCUAGACUUGUGAUAUACAUGCUAGCAUAUGUCAUUGGUAUUUUUGUUUUGAAUAUCAUUUAUCUUCCCUGGAUUGCUAUUGCAAUUCCAUUCAUAAUGGUUUGUUGUAUCCUUGUGGGGAGUGUCUAUCUGGCCUCUUCAAGAGAAUUGAAAAGAUUGGAAUCCACCAGAAGAUCUUUAGUCCUCAACAAUUUUUCUGAAAGUUUAAGUGGGUUGGAUGUCAUCAAGGCCUACAGGUCUGUUGAUAGAUUCAUUGACAAUAAUGAUCUUUUUUUGGAUAAAACAAAUGAAGCAUCUUUUUUGGUUAACGGUGUUCAAAGAUGGGCAACUAUUCAGAUGAUUGGGGUGAGUGUUUUUUACGUGUUUGUUAUUACAAUGCUUUGUAUAACACGGACAUUUAAUAUCAGCCCUGCUUCUUCAGGUUUGGUGAUUUCGUAUCUCAUGCCCAUUCCAUUUAUGUUGGCAAUGGUCAUCAGAUUCCUGGCAAUGGUGGAAAAUGAUAUGACUUCAUUCGAAAGAAUCCAUGAAUAUGCCAAUGAAUUACCACAAGAAGAAGCAUACAUUAGAAAUGAUACUGCUCCAGCUCCCACAUGGCCUGAAAAAGGUGAAAUAGUUUUUGAUAACGUCUCCAUGAAGUACAGAGAAGGUUUACCAAAGGUUUUGAAGAAUGUUUCUCUUCGAAUUAAGCCUAACGAGAAAGUGGGUAUUUGUGGUAGAACUGGGGCUGGUAAGUCUACUAUCAUCAGUACUUUAUUCAGACUUUUCCCUCUUGCUGAAGGAAGUAUAAAUAUUGAUGGCAUCGAUAUCUCCCACUUGGGAAUGAAUAAUCUUCGUUCCAAGUUGUCCAUUAUUCCUCAGGAAUCAUUGUUAUUUGAAGGUGACAUUAGAAGAAACUUGGAUCCAUUUGGAGAGUCGGAUGAUGAUACUCUUUGGGACGCUCUCAGAAGAACUGGAUUGUUAGAACCAGAGGAGAUUGAGAAAUUCAAAGGGGAAAAAGAUCAACACAAGAUACCAAAGUUCCAUUUAGAUAGUGUUGUUGAAAUCGAAGGAUCAAACUUCUCUUCUGGUGAAAAACAAUUAAUAUCUUUUGCUAGAGCCUUAGCGAGAGGGUCUAAGAUUUUGGUUUUGGACGAAGCCACGUCUUCUGUUGAUUAUGCUACAGAUGCCAGAAUCCAGAAGGCUAUUCAAAAAGAGUUUAACUUUUGUACAAUUCUUUGUAUUGCUCACAGAUUGAGAACCAUCAUUAAUUAUGACAAGAUAUUGGUUCUUGAUAAAGGUGUGGCCAUGGAGUAUGAUACUCCAAUUAAUUUAUUCAUGGAUAGAAAUUCCAUUUUCAGACAGUUGUGUGAUAAAUCUAAAAUCACCCAAGCAGAUUUUACACAUUAG